AGCCAUAUAAGUCACACCCCCCCAGAUACCCACCAAGCCCCUGCUAUAACAAUAAGAUUGCAGACCAAGUCUCUCUCUCUCUCUUCCCCUGACUCCUUUGAUAAGAGAAUGGAGGGUGAAAAUCAGUACAAGAAGGGGCUGUGGACGGAGGAGGAGGACAAGGUUUUGCUAGAUUACAUACGGGUACAUGGCAAAGGCCAAUGGAACCGGAUUCCCAAGGCCACGGGUUUAAAGAGGUGUGGGAAAAGCUGCAGGUUGAGGUGGCUUAAUUAUCUAAGCCCCACUGUCAAACGUGGUGGUUUUUCUGAGGAAGAAGAUGACCUCAUUAUCAGACUCCAUAAUCUCCUUGGAAACAGGUGGUCACUGAUAGCAGGUAGAGUACCGGGUAGAACUGACAACCAAGUAAAGAACCAUUGGAACACCCAUCUCUGCAAGAAGCUAGGAAUCGUCAAGAAACAACCAACAAGAAAAAUUGCUAAAAUCCCACAAGUAAUAGAUGAUGAUGAUGAUGAGAACCAACCAGCAAGAUUUCCCAUUGAUAAUUCCAAUUCCAAGCUUUCUCCGAAUAUUUCCACUAAUUCUUCUUUUAAUAAAUCCGUGGGAGCUAUGGAGAAGAAAGCAAAGCCUUUGGAUGAUGGAGUAGGUAAAGCAUCAAAUAAUUAUGAAGAUCAUGAGCAAGUUCCAUGGAUGGUGAACAAGCAUUUGUGCGAAUCAAUAUUAUUUUCUAAUGAUGAUUUGAUGUUAAUCAAUAACCCUGGCUUUGUUGAUUUUCUUGAUGCUUAUUAUCUUGACCUAACGUCACAUUGUCUAUAAAUCAUUAUUAAUUUACUGAUUAAGCCCUUCUUUGUCA